AUGUCCAGGCUCCAUGUUCCUGGCUCUUCUACAAAAGCUCUGGGUCUUGCCCGCUUUCCUCAAUUUCCUUUGUCUUCACGCUCUCUUCAACGUCCUUAUACUACCGUCGGUGGGUUCUCUCUCCCCGUAGCCCUCUAUGAUUUCGGAUUGCUAAACGGCGAGGUCCUGGUCCCUAAACCUCCUUCACGUCUCCGUCGUCUCCUCGGGUUCACAAGUAUCGCCGCAUUCGCAUUCACCGCUGGACUCUUUUACCAGGUUUCGACAAAGCUUUUGCCCAUCAUGAAUGGCCCGGUUCCGACAGACGAGGAAACCCUCACCAUGUACACUCCUUCAGACGAGCUGUCGCAGGAAGUUGAAGACCACAUCAAGAACCAUCCGUUGUUUGUUUCCUUGCGGGAAGACCCUUCAUACGUCGAAUCAAGACCGUACAUGAAGAUUCCAGAGAAGAUCCGGGAUCGCAGUCUCACGGCGGGGACCCUCUCGAACUCAGGCGGGAUCGUUGUUCCACCAACUGCAUUCUAUAACAACGAUACGAAUACUCUAGUCACCUUUUUCUACCUUGGGUCGAGAGUCUCCGGUCAUCCGGGUAUUGUGCAUGGCGGGUUUCUUGCAACGCUCUUGGAUGAGGGCAUGGGACGAUGCGCUUUCCCUGUCUUGCCGAACAAGGUUGGGGUGACUGCGAAUCUAAAUGUCGAUUACCGGCGCCCGGCCAUGGCGAACUCCUACUUUGUCAUGCACGCCCAGGUUGUAAAAUCAGAAGGCCGCAAGGCCUGGGUUGAGGCUCGCAUUGAGACACUUCCUGAGGAGGGCCAGGAACCGGUCGUCCUAGUCGAAGCCAAGUCCCUGUUUAUAGAGCCAAAGCAAGCGGCGGCAGUGGUAAGUUAUCCUUAUAUUGAACGUUUCAGCAGGGUGACUAACCGAUUCCAGUCGCCGAAGCUUCACAAAUUUGUCAACUAA